GAUGUUUCGCUGUAACCACGUGGUGGUGCCAAAGUCACAUGGAUUCCAAAAUAUCCGGUCUUGUCCACAGCAGAAAAUGGUAUGGCCUUUGUGCAGUCAUCAGCACAAAGUUUGACCUUUUGCUGUGUGGUCAGGGCUGCUGCUUCAGCCAGCUCUCAAAGAUCACUCACCAAUGUGUUCUUUUUACUGACAUGAUUCAAACAUUGAUUCAACAGAUUGUGUUUGCAAGUUGGGUGUCAUUACUGUGUAAAUUACAACAAUAAUACAAGUGUCAGGAGUUGUGUAUGCAUUCUACUGCCCUUCAAGAAAAUCUCACAAGCUGCAGAGCAGCCAUGUGAUAUGCCAGAUUAUCCUAUCAUCAGUAAUAAAACAGUGAAAACUACCAGUUCUAUGAGUGAGUUUACACAUUUAAAGGGUUAAAAAUGUGGACGUGUUGCUGAACAAAACCUGAACAGUGGCAUCAAGCCUCUUACUUGUCUCCUAGACGGAGAGAGUAAGACUUCAAAGGUAGAUCUUAGUCUGACUCUCUGCGCGGAUGCGCACCGACCUUGGAGUCUCCAGACGCGCAGCGGAGGAUUUUGCGCACUGAAGUCAAGCAGAGCUGAAGAGAGCGCACAGCGAACGGACUGCUGUCUGACUGACUGCAGUCCUGUCACUGGGAUACGGGCUCACUUGGCUAUACUUUACCGCGUGCAUCAUUGCCUUAUUGAUACCAUUGUUUUGGAUUAAUUAGCGACAAGAUAGCCUACAGUUUGUUUCGGUUUGGCUUGAUUCGCAACUUAGAUGAGUGUUGUUUCAACAGAGCCACUGAAUGUAGCCGUUCCACCUUGUUUGUAGAGAAAUCCAAGUGUCCCAACUGCCCUGGGAAAAACUCAACAUCCUGAGAGACGGAGACGUUUGAGAGGAUUUUAGGACUCUUUCCCGAAAGUGGAUUGAACAAGGAUGAUUUGAACCGCCUUACCAAAUUAAGUGAGGUAUAACAUUUGAAACACGGUGAUCACAGCAAUGCUUCAAAGGCAUGUGCGUCUGUCCCUCUCCAAAUCUUCCAGAGAGGAUUUAAGCGCCGCUCAUUUUGAAUAAGUCAAGAAGUCACCAAAGAUGAGAGCUCUGCAAGCAUUCCUGUUUCUUUUCCUCCUGCACCAGGUCACAUGCAGGAAAGCGCAUGGAGGAGCCACGGAGCUCAUCGAGUGGGGCGACAGUGAUAAUGAACAGAUGAUUUCUCCCACGGCAGCCAGUCCACGGAUCCUCAACCCCCUGCGCUUGUUUGCCAGGGGCUCCCCCGGGUUCAAGAGCAACAUGAGGGAAAUUACAUAUUUACAGAACAUGGAGGACUUCUGGGACUGGUUAUCUAACCAGACAGAUGUUCAGGGUGCACAGGCCAGAACUAAACGCAGGCCCAUCGUGAAGACUGGCAAGUUCAAAAAGAUGUUUGGUUGGGGGGACUUCCACUCCAACAUCAAGACUGUCAAGCUCAACCUGCUGAUCACAGGGAAGAUUGUGGACCACGGGAACGGCACUUUUAGCGUUUACUUCCGUCACAACUCCACGGGUCUGGGGAACGUGUCGGUCAGCCUGGUGCCGCCCUCGAAGGUGGUGGAGUUUGAGAUUGCCCAGCAGUCCACGCUGGAGACCAAAGACACCAAAUCAUUCAACUGUCGCGUUGAGUAUGAGAAGACGGACCGCAACAAGAAGACUGCCCUGUGCAACUUUGACCCGUCCAAGGUGUGCUAUCAGGAGCAGACGCAGAGCCAUGUGUCCUGGCUGUGCUCAAAACCCUUCAAAGUCAUUUGCAUCUACAUAGCCUUUUACAGUGUAGACUAUAAACUGGUGCAGAAAGUAUGCCCUGACUACAACUACCAUAGUGACACUCCCUACUCCUCCACAGGGUGAUCUAGCUUGUUGUUAGUAUGCACCAAACUUUUGUUUGAUCAAAUAAUGUAAAUGUCAGCCCCUAAGCUCCUUGUCCCGAAAUACCUAACUACCUGAGACAUGUUGCAGGAAGUGCAACUUACACUGGGGG